AUGGGUCGACUAGUUGGGCUCGAGCUCAAUAACUUCAAGUCGUAUAGGGGCAUUGUUAGGAUUGGAUUUGGCGACUCAAAUUUCACCAGUAUCAUCGGUCCCAAUGGAUCUGGGAAAUCCAAUUUAAUGGACGCGAUAUCGUUCGUGUUAGGCAUUCGAAGUGGGUACUUGCGGUCACAUAUGCUCGCGGAUCUUGUUUACAGAGGCGUUAUUGAAGAAGAAGCUGACUCUACAACGGCAGAAGCUCCUGCUAAAUCUACAGAAAGUGAUGAUAGGCCCACGACUGCUUACGUGAAAGCGUUGUACGCGAUCGACGAUGAAGGCGAGCAAAUUGUUACACUCAAGCGCAGCAUCUCCAUCAAUCAAGAAAGCGGCUAUGAAAUCGAUGGUAAGACCGUGAGCUAUAAAAAAUAUUCGCAAUUUUUGGAAAAUGAAAACAUUCUCAUCAAGGCUAGAAAUUUCCUUGUCUUCCAAGGUGAUGUUGAACAAGUUGCCGCACAAACGCCUCUGGAGCUCACCAAGCUUUUGGAACAGGUUUCUGGAUCGCUUCUUUACAAAAAGGAUUACGAUUUAUUGCGACAGGAAUUGGAAAAAGCCAGUAGUGCGACCGCUGAGCUUAGACAAUCAAGGAAAAGAGCCAAAGCGGGUCUGAACAGCUUCAAAAUCGGUAUCAACAAAGAUGAGGAAUAUAAGAAAUAUUACGCAGAAAAAGAAUCGCUUGAAAUACAGUACGUCUUGUGGAAACUCUUCCAUUUGGAGCAGAAAAAGUCUGCUUUAGCUCGAGAUGCAGAGAAGUUGAGUUCUGAACUAGGUGAUUUGAAAGGAAGGCUUGAGUUGGAGGAAAAACGGGCCCGAAAGGAGCAAGCGGCGUACGCUAAAGAAGAACUUGUCAUCGCACGAGAAAAUAACAAAAUAGCCAACAAAAGGAAAGCGCUCGAAGAUUUACAAAGGUCUCUGGCGCCUAUCAGCAGUUCUAAAGAAGUUUGGUUGAAAAAGCUAUCUUCCAUGCAACUCAGAGCCGAGGCGCUACGGAAAGAUGUAGAAAGGCAACAGACCUCGAUCAAAAAAGUGGAGCGUCAAUUAAAGGUUAUAAAGCGUGCGGAACAAACUGCCAUAGAAGAACUUCAACAAUCAACCAAAAAGAAUGAUGUACCUGAGCUAUCAGAGGAAGACAAAGAAAGCUAUAAUUCCUUAAAAGAGCAAUAUCUCAGCUCGGGAGGUUCUUCCGUCGAAAAGAAGCUUGCAAUGAUAACAAAUGACAGAGAAGAACUGUUGGAGGGGAUCCAGGCAUAUCGUAAGAGGAUGGAAGAUGCUCGGAGCAAAAUAGAGGAAGAGUUAGGGGCACGCACAGAAAGUUUAGAAAUCGAAGUGAAGAUCAAAAAGGAUGAUCUCGACGAUAAAAAUAAGCAUCUCUCCAAGAAACUGCGAGAAUUUAAGUCUUUGCAAUCAAAAACCGAGGCCGAUCGCAACAAGGAGUACGAACUCAAUUACAAACUCAAAGAAACGCUACUCAAGUUGGAAGAUAUCAGUGCGACUCAGCGAGAAAGUGCAAAAGAAAAAAAAUUGAGAGAAAACGUAUCCACUCUAAGGAGACUAUUCCCCGGGGUAAAGGGACUCGUACACGAUCUUUGCCAGCCUAAAAAAUCGAAAUAUGCCCUUGCACUUUCUACAGUUUUGGGUAAAAAUUUUGACGCUCUGGUCGUCGACAAUUUCGCAAUUGCUCAAGAAUGCAUUCAAUAUCUCAAAAAGCAAAGGUCCGGAGCCAUUUCGUUCAUUCCUCUUGAUACUAUCGAAACCGUUAAGGCUUCUCUGCCGUUUGUCGAUAUGGCCGGCUGCAUUUUGACCAUUGAUGCUAUUGAUUACGAUCCCUCGCUGGAGCGUGCCAUGCAGUACGUGUGUUCUAACUCUAUGAUAUGUGACACACUUGAAAUCGCCAAGGCUCUGAAGUGGCAAAAGGGUGUCAAUUCGAAGCUCGUAACGGUAGAAGGUGCCAUUAUUCACAAGGGAGGCCUCAUGACAGGUGGAGCUUCCAAACAGCUAAGUAACAGGUGGGAUAAGAAAGAUUAUCAGGAUCUUCUCACUGGAAAGGAUUCAUUGUUACGAGACAUCGAUGAUUUGUCAACGAGGAGGGCUGUCGCUGUGGAGCAAAUGAGAGCCAUCGAAAAUGAUAUAUCCUUCUUGAAUGCCGAUAUCGCGGCUCUGAAGGCGACACUAUCUCACUCGUCGCGGGCACUUAAAGAAGUCAUGGUUGAAACUGAAUACCAAAAUGAUCUCAAAGAGAAAGAAUUCAAGCCCAAACUCAUUCAAUUUCAGGAAAAAUUGGAACAGCUUGAUCAGGACUAUUCAGCACUUGAGAGAGAUCGAGCACUUCUUCAAGUGUCGAUCUUCUCCGAAUUUUCUAAUAGGAUAGGCAUCUCCAUAGAUGACUACGAAAAGCAAUCGCGGGACGUACUUUGGAAACACUCUGAUGAAGUACGACGCCUGCAUCGGGAGAUCGUUGUUAUUGAGAAUAAGCUGAGCUUCGAAACCGACAGAUUUUCUGCUACGAAGGGUCGCCUCGAAACUACUGAACGCGAUGUACAAGAGACCGAGAUCAAAAUUCAGGAAUCUACCGAGGCUGAAAAUGAAAUAAGAUCUCAAAUUAAAAACCAAGAGGAGGAGAUUUCGAAGGACGUCAAGGACGUAGAAAGUCUUCGAGCUCAGCUAGACGCUAACUCAGUGACUCUCAAUGAGCAGAAUGAGGUGAUUGAAGAGCUCACGGACGAUUUCCAAAGAUGUGAAAGGAAAAAGGAUGGUGUGGCAGAGGAAGUAGACGUGCUCAAGAUGGAAAGGCUAAACAUCUUGAAAAAUUGUAAAAUGCAAGGCACCAAAGUCCCUAUUCGUGCAUCCUCAUUAGAUGUUUUGCCGCUCGAGAAUGUCGAUAGAUCUGCCAUGGACAUGGCAGAUCAAAUAGAGGUUGAUUUCACUGAACUUUCGCACGAACGUAAACGGAAAAGCGAUGAAGAGGAGGGUGAAGGGAUACAAAAGUCGCUACAGGAAUUAUCCGAUUUGCUUGCGGUUUUACAACCCAAUGCGAAAGCCUCAGAGCGGUACGAGGAUGCCUGCGGUAAAUUUGACCAGCUUUGUAAAGAAGUUGAAAAAGCGGCAUUGCACGAAAAAACGGCCAGAGAUCGGUUUGCUGAGGUCAGAGAUCAACGCAAAGAGGCCUUCGGAAAGACAUUUGAUCAUGUCAAUUCUCGCAUCGACGACGUUUACCGAGAGCUCACCAAAGAUUUGCAUUCGACGUCUGCGUUGGCGGGCGGUAGUGCGUCGUUGACUGCAGAAGACGAAGAAGAACCUUACCUUGCUGGCAUAAGGUACCAUGCGACACCUCCCACUAAAAGAUUCAAAGACAUGGAAUACUUGUCUGGUGGUGAAAAAACGAUAGCGGCACUUGCACUACUUUUCGCCAUAAAUUCGUAUCAACCAAGCCCAUUUUUCGUCCUAGACGAAGUCGACGCAGCCCUGGACACGGCCAAUAUCGAAAGGAUUGCCACCUACAUCGAGAGGCACGCGAGUCCGGACUUGCAAUUCAUUGUCAUUUCUUUGAAGAACACCAUGUUUGAAAAAUCCGAAGCUCUCGUAGGCGUCUUUAGACAGCGAGACUUAAACUCUUCAAGGGCCUUGACUUUGAAUCUAGCAAACUACGAGUGA